AUGACGUCAGAAACAUCCGAAUUAAAGUCUUGCGUGACGUCCACAAAAAAGCAACCGAACUUUCUGUCGGCUCUGAAAGACUCGGAAUUUCGAAUGUUGUUAAAUGAUUACAUGCACGACAUAACAGACGUACAUCAUCACAAUGAGACGGUACACUGUUUGUCCCAACGUCAGAACGAACAUCAAGUAGUAAAGAACAAGCACUUUGUGCAACUUAAGCCUGGAUUUGUCGUCAAGACGACAGAUGACAAGAAGCAGAAAGUUUUUAUUAAUGUGUGCAGUAGUGACAAGAUGCAGCCACCUUUAAAUACUAACGUGACGUCUAAUCAACCGAGUUUAUCGUGGUAUUUGCCGUAUUCAAUAGGAAUCAAAAGACUCGAGAUGGACAAAGGAGGCGUCAAUGUCCCAACGUUUGACGUGUGUUUCCAUCCUCAAGUUAUCGAGUUUGCAAUGGCUCGAGUGGAUUUUAAGCACCUGGUUAUUACGACGUGCUUGAAUGCAGUUGAGGAUGCAAUUAGAGACUCUAGAUGCAAACCUAGAGCGCUACUGGCGAGAAAGUAUCAUAUUCUUAAAGGUAUCGAUUACAAGUCAGGUGAUCCAGUUCCAAUGUGUUUAAGGAGGAAGGACUGGAAAGUUACAGAAAUGUCAAACUCUAAGACGGUGAAGGAAGUGCAGGUGAAGAACGAGACAAUUGUGGAUUUAUCUCUAGAUAAUAGCACGAUGUUGGACGACAAGGAGACGAUUACAGCAGCUAUUGAUCAAGUGGAUGACUUGAAAUUGACGCAGGUGGAGGAGAUUGAUAACAGUAUUCCUUGGAUAAAGAAGGUAUCGAGGAAUAACUUUGAUUCGAAACAAAAGCUUGAGAAAUUACAGCAGAAGAAGAAGUUGGAGCACCAAUUGGUAUAUUGCGGACGUUUCGAGCAUUUUUAUGACGUGCAAGCAGAUCCAGACAAACAGAUUUCUGAAGAUGGGAAUCGACCUAAAGAGUUGGUGGUCGAAGUGAAUUUUCCUCUUUCUACCAGUGCCAAAGGAAUUGACUUGGAUGUGAGUGAGCGGAUGCUGCGACUGUCAACGGAUGUUGAUGUGGUUGGCGACUACGAGCCGCUGGAGCUGGUAUUGCCUUUUCCGGUGGUUCAGGACAAAGGCUGUGCCAAAUUUGACCGCAAGAAACGCAAACUAGUGGUCACUUUACCAGUGCACCCUCCACCAAAGCCGAAGCCACACUCCGUUUUGUUGAUCGUUCGGGAUGACGACGAGAAAGAAGAAAAGGGAAAUGAACUACCUCAGAGUAAAGUGGUAACUCUUACGAGCAGUAAAGUGUUCGCACCAAAGCAAAAGAAUGAGGGUCAAAAUAAUUCGCUUGUGCGAAGAGAUACUACACUAAUAGUAGCAAGUGACUCGCAGGCGAUGGCACAGAAUCAGCGUAAGACUCAACGACACCCUUUAACGGCAGUAACGCGUUCGUCGCAAGCUGUAAUGGCUGAGCUAGCUGCAAUCAAGGACGACGUUUCUGAUAAUCUGCCACCGCUAAAGAGCUGUGGCGGCGAAGAGAUUGACACAGCGGAACUUUGUGCUGAAGAAACGGACUUCUCUUUAGGUAUGUCAGCAUCUAUUGAGUCUGCAUCUACAACCGUCGUGGAUCCCAUCAAGCCGCCUUUCGAGACUCACAUUACUUUGAAGUGUCUGUCAUACAUCGUUAGUGUGGCUGGCAUUGACUCGACGAGCGUGAAACUUACGCUUCCGUCAAAUUGUUCGCUGCGCCUUCAAUUUUUAGACAGCGACAAGCAAGUGUAUGAGUUGCAUGUCGCUAUCUUACCAGUCGAUAUUGAUCCGUCCACCGCUGAAUUUGACGUGGCUAGUGAGAAUAUGGUGGUCAUUCUUCACAAAAAAUAUGCAGCAAUAGCUUCCGCAGCUUGA